AUGGCGCGCAAGAUCGACGUUCACCACCACUACUUUCCCCCUUCAAUGAACAAAGCGGCCGCUUCUGCUGCCGCAGGCUUCUGUACCCCACCUGAGCAUCUACCGUGGUCUCCAGACGUAUCAUUAGAGGCAAUGAUUGCUCUCGGCGUUGACCGUGCCAUCCUGUCGGUCCCGGCGAACUUCUAUCCCUCGGUCAAGGCCGUCUAUGAGGCGAACAAAACGAUGGCAGACAUCAGCGCAGAACAUCCCAAAAAAUUCUCGCACUGGGGAUGCCUGGGAGAUUGGCGCAAUGUCAAAAAUGCUCUGGCCUUCAUCGAUGUAUGUCUUGACGACCUAAAAGCUGUCGGUAUUGCUGUAUCGUCUUGCUAUGGCUCAGGAGCGGACGCUAAGUACAUCGGAGAUAGUACCUUCGAACCCAUAUGGCAAGAGCUCAAUAGACGCAACGCCCUUGUCUUCAUCCAUGGCGCACAGAUACCUUCUUCAACGCCGAUGCCGGACCCGUUGUUGGGCCUUCCGAUCACAGAGGCUCCUCACGAGACGUUCAAAGCCAUCGCACAGUUGAUUGUCAAUGGGACUACACGCCGCUUCAAUAAUGUCAACUUCAUUCUCGCGCAUCUCGGCGGCUCUGUUUUGACGCUCGCUCACCGUGUGGCGGCGCUCUCUACAUACAUGGACGGGGCGCUCUCAACAGAUGAAACCGGCAAACGCUUGUCGUUAACUGAGGACUUCGUGCUGGCUGAGCUUAGACGAUGCUACUUCGACUCCGCGCUGUCAAGCGGACCCGGGCUCGCCGCUGCGCGUGCAAUGGGCGUACUCGAUCGCAUUGUAUGGGGAAGCGAUUUUCCGGCCGUGCCAUUACGCACCAUUCACUGGUUUGAAGAGCAACAGGCCACCGAAGUCAGCGAACAAGAAUUAUCUGGUCUCGAAGGGAGGAUGGCGGAUAUUCUGAGCUCCCGUCGGGCUAGAAUGACCAGCUCCAACAUGUGA